AUAAAAGCAGAGGGAAGGAAAUAAUGUUAAUUAAGAAUUGGGGUUUGAUUUUAGCGGCAAAACCAAAAUACGCGCCUCCAGUGUCGUACCUCCCUCGACAGAACCCAACGGUGUGGAUUGGAAGAGCAAAGGCCGAAAUGGAAAACGCCACCGUAGAUCUCAAGCCACAUGGAGAAGAUUUGAGCGGCUGCGUUCAUCAACUCCCCUGCUGCGUCAAACACGACGGUCCCGCCUCCGUUUCCCACUACUUCAAACCUAAAUACAACGGCGUCUCUGACGAAGGUUUGCCAUUACAGGAAGCGCAUUUCAGAGGAAGGCUACUCCAGGGAACCACUCUCCAACUUCCUCACGGUUACUCUGGUUUUGUUCUGGCUAAGAAAACAUCGCCUCCGUCGUCUAAACAAUACUCGAAUUCUUGGGUCACCAAAGCAACGUUUCAGGACAUUACCUAUUGGAACCAUGACUACGUUCCUUCCCAUAACGAUGAAAUGCUCCGAGCUUUUCAUUGGCUUACUGUUGCAAAAGCUCUGCACGAUCCUGUGACACCGGAGGAAUUAGCUUCGUCAUCUUUUGCACUCUAGAGAUGGACUGCAUUGCUUAUGAAAUGCUGUAUCUGUCAAAUUUACUCUUAAUUUAUAGCUGUAAUAUUUAUGUUUUAGUUGUACAUUUUCGUUGUCUCCAACAAUCGCAAUCUACUGUAUUACUUCCCCUUUGACAGAAAAAUAUCCAUUUUUCUCUAUGUUAAUACAA